AUGAAGAAUAAAAGGGUACAUGCAAACUUUCUUGCUGAGGAAUACCAAGAAAAGCUUCUAAAACAUCCUACUUGGAAGCUAAAAUUGUUUGUUCAGGAUGUAGAAGACACAUAUGGUGUGAAAAUUAACAGGUGGCAAGCUGUAAGAGCAAAGAAAUAUGCCUUGUCUGCAUGUGCAAAGGUUGUUGAAAAACAAUAUGAAUUUCUCAGAAGUUAUAUGCAUGAAUUGAAGACUUCUAAUGUAGGUACUAGCGUGUUCUUAUCUUUAAAACCACACAUUUCACGUUCAGAACCUCAAUUUCAUAUGUUCUACAUCAAUUUUGCUGCUUUGAGACAAGGAUUCCUACAUGAGUGUAGAAAGGUUCUCGGCCUUGAUGGAGCAUUUCUUAAAGGAUAUUGUAAGGGUGAGCUUCUUAGUGCCACAUCAAGGGAUGCAAAUAAUCAAAUGUUUCCGAUCGCUUGGGCAAUUGUAGAGACUGAAUCCAAAGAAAGUUGGUCUUGGUUUCUUAAACAUCUUAUAGAAGAUCUUGAAAUGCAAGAUGGCAAGGGAUGGACUUUGUUAUCAGAUCAACAAAAGGGAUUAUUGUCUUUCAUACCACAACUUCUCCCUAAAGUUGAGCACAGGUUAUGUGCUAGGCACAUAUUCACAAAUUGGACCAAGAUUAUCAAAGGGGCACCUUUACACAAACUAUAUUGGAGGGCUGUGAAAUCAUAUACUCAAAUUGACUUUGAAAAUGCUAUGAAGGAACUACAAAAGCAAAGUUCAAAAGCUUAUGAGGAGAUGUGUGCAAGAAAUGUGAAGAAUUUUUGCAGAUGCUUUUUUAAGACUUGGGCAUGUACUGAUGUAACUUGUAACAAUAUGGCGGAAACAUUUAACUCAUGGAUCCUUGAAGCUAGGGAAAAACCAAUAUUAACAAUGCUAGAAGAAAUAAGAAGACAAGUUAUGUCUAGAAUGGUGGAUAAGAAAGAGCAAGCAGCUAAAUGUGUUAGCAUUGUUACCCCUAGAGUUCGAUUGAAGUUAAAUGAUUUCAGACAAGCUAUCAGAAAUUGGAGGCUUAUCGAGGCCAAAAAAGAUGCAUACGAGGUGCAACAUACUCAUAACAUCAACAUAUCAUAUGCAGUUCGAUUAGAUAAAAAGAGUUGUGCAUGUAGAUAUUGGGAUUUGAAUGGGAUCCCAUGUGAGCAUGCAACAGCUGCAUUAUGUGCUAAAAAUGAAACCCCCGAGAAUUAUGUAGCUUGUUAG